AUGUCUGCCAUCCUGUCUGGUAUCCACUUGGGUCUUUCUUUCCCUGACGCCAUAUGCGCUGUAUUGGAAGCGAUCGCGAAUCCCUCAUCGGACGACCCCAUCCACGAAUGUGAUGCGCUCCUCAAGAGAAAGCUUUUCCGGGACCCUGACUUUGUCCUUGAACGCGCUGAAUCCCACAUGCGCAGUGUCUAUCCAUACAAGGAUGUGAAGAUGUGCUGGCGCCGACUUUUCACGGAUGCAUCGAUUGUGAAGGCAGUCUUCAUGAUCAUUCAACAUUGCCAUCUGAUUGACUGUGAGCCAUGGGCAAUGCACUAUCAUGACAGACUGGACAAGCUCAUCUCCCAUAUCAAGGAAAGGCGGGACAAGAAAUUGGAAUUCGACCCUGAUGUCCCGGGAUACAACUGGCUUGUGAAGGAUGUGAUUCAUACUUUGGAUUUUGCCCUGAUCAUGACAGGCAUACCUCGCCGUCAGCGAGAGGUGCACGGGCUGUUUGACCAGAUUCAGAGGGCCAUUGAGGAGAAAGAGCCAAGCACUGAGGGUUCGGAUGAGUUACUGUGGCCCGGACAGCCAAACCUGGAACUACCUAUGUUCUCACAGGAAUCUGUCAACCGUCCUGAAGUCAAAAACCCGGUUCUGCGUGUUAGAAAUCCUUCUCUUGACUGGCUUGUGAAUCAUCUGACAAAUGUUCGCACUCCCUUCGUUGUUGAGGGUGAAUGUGAGCAUUGGCCAGCUCGAUCGGGGGAGAACUCUUGGGCGUCCAGCAAGUUUUGGUGGAAGCAAACUCUGAAGGGUCGUCGCCUCAUUCCCGUAGAGCUCGGGAAGUCAUACACAGCUGAGGGAUGGGGCCAAAAGAUCACAGAGUUUGGGAACUUUGCAAGGUCGUACCUGUGGAAUGAGGAAGAAUUGCCCUCUUAUCAGUCAAGCCAGGAAGAUCCAGGUGACUGUUCGCCAAGUUUGUUUGGUCAUAGACCGAUGACUGGUUGGCAGCCCGACCUUGGCAAAGCCGGAGUUGCCUACCUCGCCCAGCAUGACCUGCUCACUCAGAUCCCGGCUCUGAGGAAAGACAUUUGCAUUCCCGACAUGUGCCACGCCCCCACGCUCGGACCGGAGCCGGGAACCCCGGUCUAUGAGAAAGCAAAGCGUGAGCGUGCAGAGGAACAAGCGCGUCAAUCAGCUGGCGCUGAGGUCGAACCCAACCCUGCCGACCUGACCGUGGAGGCCACUGAGGAGCCGGGCUAUGACUCUGACUUCACUCCAGGGAACCCAAGUGAGCCAAUUAUCAACACUUGGAUUGGCCCUGAGUGGACUGUCACGCCUUUGCACCACGACCCAUACCACAACGCUUUCUGUCAGGUUGUCGGUUCCAAGUACAUCCGCCUUUACUCACCUCACACCCCUGCCGAUAGGAUUCAUCCCCGCGGCCUUGAGCUGUUCGAAGAAGCUCUAGAUGAGGACCCAGAGCGAAGCCCCCGUCGGAUCGACAUGUCGAAUACCUCUUUGGUCAAUAUCGAGGACAUCGAGCUUUCUCCAGCUGAGGCGGAGGAAUGGGAACACCUCUGGCCUGGUUUCCAGGACCUUGAGUAUCUUGACACUGUUCUCGAGGAGGGUGACUGCUUGUACAUCCCGAUUGGCUGGUGGCACUAUGUGCGUGCGCUCCGCGCUGGUGUUAGCGUCAGUUUCUGGUGGAAAAAGGAACCUUGGAUGGAAUACUCUGAUGAUUAA